AUGUUGAAAGAAGAUAUUUUUAUUAACCAUUCCUUCAACAGUGAAUAUUUUCUUGAAUUAAGAAAGAAAAAAGAAGCUACUUUUGAACGUGAAGAUAUUAAGGUGGCAGAACAGUCGACCAGUGCUGCUAAAAUUAUACAGGAGUAUUCAAGAGAUGAUAUAGAUACACAAGAAUUAAAAGGUAAAAUUAAUGAGCUUGGUAUGUGGGAUAUUGGAUGUUUAUAUGAUUUUACAUUUUUAAUGAAGAAUCAAAUCAGUUGUCAGUUAAUAGAAUUAUUAAGGUGCUAUAAAAUAAUUGAAAAAAAAUUGUUGUAUAAGGUACUGAAACAAAUAACUGGGAGAGUUUUAUUAGAAUUCAAAGUGCUUAUUUGGGAACCAAAGAAUGAGUUACAAAUAAAGAAAGAAAAGCAGUGCGGUAUUAGCAGUAAAGAUAAAAAAGCUAAGUCACAUAGUAAACGCACUGAAGUGGAUGUUAAAAAUGUUGGCUGUAAGAUGUUAGAAAGUAAUUGGAAUAAAUGGAAUGAUUUGGCAUUCCAUCGAGAUGGUCAUUGGGCAAAUUUUUAGGUAGAUCAUGACAGUCACCUUUGAAUUUGAGGUCGCUUAAUUCUUAUAUGUAUUUGUUUAUCUUAUAUUUUGUAAGUUUAUAUAUGUAAGUAAGCGUGAUUAUAAUAGGACAUGAUCGCAUCUAUAAUAAAGUAUUAAAAAAAAA